AUGGCUAAAUCUACAAUAUUUUUUCUCCUUUUUCUUUCAUUUUCAGUGUUACUUCACAAUGUUACUGCAUCAGAUGAUAUUAGGUGUUUGCAAGGACUGAAGGACUCAUUUAAGGAUCCUAAUGGAAAUUUGAAUUCUUGGAACUUCUCAAACUACUCCAUGGGGUUUAUCUGCAAGUUCAUUGGUGUCGGUUGCUGGAACGACCUCGAGAAUCGGGUGCUCAGCCUCUCACUUCCAAACAUGAAUCUCAGUAGACAGCUCCCAGAUGCCUUCAAAUAUUGCUCCUCUUUGACUUCUCUUGAUCUCUCUGGUAACAAGUUCUCCGGUCCCAUUCCUUCGGAGAUUUGUAGCUGGACUCCUUUUUUAGUAAACCUCGACUUGUCCAACAACAGUUUCUCCGGCUCUAUACCUGCUGAACUUGGAAACUGCACCUACCUGAACAAGUUGAUGCUCAAUAACAACAAACUCUCUGGAAAUAUUCCACCAGAAAUCUCUCGAUUAACGAGGCUUAAGGUGCUCUCCGUGGCCAACAAUAAUCUUUCUGGUAAAAUACCACCAUUUUCAGGAUUGUCUGAUUUUGAAUAUGGAGGAAACAGACAUCUCUGCGGUGGACCAUUAGCCAAAUGUGGUUGA